AUGAGUUUUAUGAAUUUUUCUAGUGCUAAUAGUUUCAACAAUUUGAACAACUUUACCAAUUUCAAUACACUUAACAAGUUCAACUUGAACCAAAAAAAGAAAAAUAGCAAAGAUUUGCUAAUUUUUGAGAAUAUUAAUAGCAUCAACACUAACAACCCAGAUUACAAAUCCCUACUAAAUGAUCAUUAUAAAUUAUUCUCUUCAUAUUCACUAACUCCUUUCAAUAACAAUAACACUUCUUAUUUAUUAAAGACGAAUCAAAAUCAAUUGUUGCAAAUUCAAAAUAUCGAAGAUCCUGACGAUUUAAUUAAUAUUUUCAGCUCCUUUUCAAUCAACAAUAAUAGCAGCAGUAAUAAAUCAAAUCAAAAUAACGGAUUUAAUCAAAAUUACACUGUCAAUGGAAAUCUAUCAUCACUAAACCAUAUCAAAACUAUUUUAAAUUCUUAUACAAACUAUUUGUUUGAUCACAAAAGAACCUUUGAUGAAUUUUUUGCCACAUUAAGAAAGGAUAAAUCAAUCUUAUUGGAAUUUUUAGGUAUCGAUAAUUUUGCUGAAUUUUACAACAUCUUUGAUAGGUCAAAUAAUAUUAGAAGUCAACAAAAUGAUUUCUAUGAUUUUGUAUUUGAAAAUUUAAAUAACAAGGAGUUAUAUCAAUUAUACUUACUAUUCAAAAAAAAAUUGGUCAAUUUAUUCUUAAUCCUAUCUAUUUUAAAAAUUUUACCAAUCUUUCAACUUUCUUCAAAUAAAAUUUUAAACAAUAUAAACCAAGAUGAUUUAAUUCUACCAAUCUCAAAGAUUUCCAAUUUCAAUAUCUGGGAUAAUUCAACUUUUAAAAAUAACCAGUCAGUUGUCAAUGAUUUAAUUCCAGAUUGCUUUUUAAACUUAAUCAAAUUGCCAUUUGAAAAAUUCAAUAUAAUUAAUUCUCCUUACAUUUAUAAUUGUCUCGUUCACUAUCUUGCAUUUCCAGAAGAUUUUCCAUUUGAUAAGGAUCAAGAUCAAGAUCAAAAUCAAAAUUUAUGCUCAGAAUUUGUUGGUAAUGAAGAAAACUUGAACUUGAUUUGGUUUGAUAGAUUAUCUAAACUAAAAUUGAAUAAACUAAUUUACUUAAACGUUUUCAAGAAAAUCGAUCCAUUUUAUCAAUUUGAUAAUAAACCAUCUAAAAAGAGAUUUCAAAAGGAAAAAUUAAUAUACUCUGAAAAUAGCAAUGUCAAUAAUAUCAAUGAUGAAAUUGAAUCCGCCAUUAAAGAGAAAAUUUUCUUAAAUGAUUACCAUAAGCAAACUUUUGAAAAUUACUUGAUUAACAACUUGACUUAUCACACAGUUAACAACGUGUUUGAUUUGCUUGACGUUUUCACUUUUUUUUAUGAUUUAUCAAUCGAGGACUAUUCAUUAAACCAAAAUUUCUCAUUUGAAUUAUUACAAGUUUUAUUAAAAUUUUUCAAUUUAAAAUUGAUUGAUUAUUAUUCAAACCAACCGGCUUUGAAAAAACAAUUUUAUGAAAAUAGUAUUCAUUUGAAUUUCGUUAAAAUGCUAAGAUAUAAGAGCUUUUUCCUUAAUUUGAAUAAUUACAACUUCAAUUUCAACGAAUUUAAAGGGGAGAUUCUAUAUUUAGAAAGAAAUUUCAGUAUCAAUUACAAUACCAAUGACGAUUUUUUAAAUAAAAUUGAUAAAUUCAACAAAUUCUUCAACCAAAGCGGAAACGAAAAUCAUCACGAUAACCAUAACAAUCAGUUGGUGUAUAGUAAUGAAUGUUAUAACUACUUGUUAUGGAACGGAUUCAACGAAAAUGACAUAAUGGCAACUAAUUUCUUCAGGUACUUCAGUUACAUAGGUUUAUCAAGAGAUUAA